AUGCAUUCAUCAGGAUUUACAAGGCGAUUUCUUUUAUGCCAGGUCGGCUCUAAAAGAAAGUCCCGUCGAACAAAAGCAGACGAUCGAUCGCAGCGAUCGAUUUGAUAAAUAGGCAGAUGGGAAAUCGCGUGGAGUUGUCAAAAGGCAAGGGCGGUGUGGGCUCUGUGUGUCCCACUGGAUACAAUUGUUAUUUUCAACAGGCUUAUAUUUUGAAAAGACGAGAAGGGGAGAAGUUGUUUACUCAGAUGCAAGACUUAGCAGCCUUAGUAUUUACAAUUUCUCGCCUAAACCUCUUGCUAUACUUUGAGGACCCUUCGAAGGAUUUCAUGAAUUCGGCAUUCGACUGAUGUUUCUUGGUAUCGAACUCGUCCGUGUCUUUCCCGCCACAUUAUAAAGUUUUUAUCGAACCAAUUUGUGAUCGCUCAAGGAGAUUCGAUUAGAUAUAAAAAGGAUUAACAUCGUGAGGUACAAUGGAUGCGGUUAUGUGGAUCUAAUUACAAAUCAUCACUCGUGUCAAUCUACGAUGUUAUUCAUGAUGUUCUCGUCUGGUCAGUGGAGUGUUUCUUUUCAUAAUGCGGAGAUGAUUCUGGUCGAGUGCGCUUGAAUUUGAAGAGUGUCAUUCUUUACAUCAUCUUUUUUUAUCAUGGAAAUUAGAUUACUUUUAAUUAUUAUAGCGAAGUCAUCGGUUAUCGGGGAAUGAAACAAACUGAAUAAAUCAUUGAAUUUUUUUUAAAUCAUCAUGGUAAAAAUCAACGUCCAUUUGGACUGAAUGUUAAGACGCAUGGAAUGUCUCGACUGUUCGUUCACCUACAUAAUUAGUGGUACUCUUUUUUAAUCUUUGUUUUAUCAUUUGUCGAAUCAUCGCGUGUUUCACUGAUUUGAUCAAAGUCUCCUGAAACAACAUAUUGGGGAAAAAACACGUGAUAAAUGUGAACGACUUGAACAGGAAAUGAAAUCGUGUGUUCACCACUUGAUCUCCAUCGGCAAUCUGUGAUUCUUCCUUACUCCAUCAUGUGCAAUAACGAUCUACGAUAUUUUAUACUGUUCUUAAUUACCACUGAUUGAGAAAAGGUUGGAUAUCUCAAUUCUUUAUUCUGGAGAGGGUCUAAAGUUGACUAGCAAUGUUUAAACAACCUUAAUGACAAACACUUCAAGAUCCACCAAGUUAAGCACUCUUCAUUGAAUAUUAUGUCAACUUAAUCAGUGUACUUGACACCUUGUGACACCUUGGCUUUAUCUCGUAAUAAUGACUUCAAGUUCUACCAUGUUUAAUUGACACAUUUUUCUAGAACAUUAGAUUUUGUAACGCUGAAAUAUACCGGAAUACACCAUCUCUUUGAGAGUUCAGAUAUAACUUGUGUUCUGCUCUUGUUCUUUUUAAAAAUCUUCUGUACGUGAAGCAACAACAGUUUCUGCAAAGGCAUUAUGACGUUAUGAUGAGCGGAAAUAAAGAACGUCGGCACCAUGGCAGUGGUGUUGCCAAGACCCGGGCCGACCGCGCUCCGCGCGAGGGUGACGAUCGUACAAGAAGUCGGCGACUAGCCGACAUACGGAGAGGCAACAAAACCAGACACCAAAUCGAGUUACUAACCAACGCCCAUGGAGGGAUUAAAAAACAAUCAUCGACGCCUUCAUCAUGGCGAUCCGAAUCAAGAACGUUGGAGACGUGGUCGGCGAAGGAGAAGAGAGAAAGAACGUUGCCUAAACCUCCAGAUUUAGAAACAAGGAAUUCUUGCCCGGCGUUGCCGGCAAUUUCCCCGUCGUUAGGAAUUCAUAUUGACAGUGAGUCAAGACAACACAGUCCAAAAACAGGGUUGUACGGUCCCCGAGCUUUAGGCUCAAAUGCCAAAACAACUAAACAGGAAAGUCUGAACUUAAACUUGCCAAACGAUAAACCGAGGAUAAUGAGGGACAACUCAUUAGAUUUGAUCGCGAAUGUUCGUCACCCGUCGUCAAAAGUUGCAGCAAAACAUAAAUUUGGAAACCAAAACUCCAAAUUGAGUAUGCCCCUCAAAAACGAUCAUGUUAAAACUAUUCAAUAUGAAUCGAAAAUGAAGAGAACGUUCAGUGUUCCAGACAUUGCCAGCUCAACUCAGCCAUCAGACCUGUCAGAAGUUCGCCAAAUUGCCAUCAAAGAAGCAGAAAUUUCUAACUCCGAUAAAGACAGAACGGAAUCUGAUUCAACCAUCGGAACGAAACACCGUUAUUCUGUACUUCUUAAGGGAGGUACCUCAGAAACGAAAGCACCGUAUGUGGCUAGAAUCGGAAGCGAGACAAUCGGUCAGAAUACUAGUACAGUGUCUAAAAGUGAUGAUGUCCGCAGUCGUUUCCAAAGGACAUCAACCGAUGACGCGGCAACGAAAGAUGGCGAAGAUCAUCUGCAAAAACCAACGACCGCUCCUCGUAAACGCGAGGGCGUCUCUUCUCCAAGUCGCCGUCGCGGAAGGCACUUGAGAAGUCACAAAGAACUCUUUGCUUUCCAACAGGACCUGCUCCUUCCUCGAUACAGGAAGUUGGCUGGGAUAAGUGGCGGCGAUGCGGAGGUGCCGCCGAACGAUCGACGGUCUGCCGACGAAAGCCAAGGAGGAGGCACGCAUACGCGACGAUCGGACGCAAGGGAAGUCUUUGAGAAGGUUCGUCUUAUCAUCAAGGGCCCAGAGAAGGUUGAGACUGUCACAAAACCUACAGAUCGUAAAGUUCCUCAAAUGAUGCCCAUCUAUCUGAAGUCAGGCUUGCCCUGUGGGUAUGUCGACUCAUCAAGUAAAUGUGACGCCUGGUUGGACUCCAAUGACUUUGACGACUAAAGAAAUAAAGUUUCAAUUGCGAUAAAUUACAAAUAUUCAAUUCAAUUCAACAUUUAUUUUUCUUCCAAUUGACAUUGGAACCCGUUUUCAUAUAGAAUAUACAAAGUAAUAAUAUCAUGAAUAUAGUACAAAAACAACGAAAUAUGGAUAUGAAUGAACCAGUCCGCUUGGUUCCUGCCGGGUUGGACAUUGUCAGAGUUAGUCAUUGGAAUUUUCCAUUUGAUUACAAACAUGUAUGUUACAGAG